UUCUUUCGUCAAGAAAGAGCAAAGAUCAUUGUGGGCCCUUUUUAAGCAUGGGCCUUCUUAUGCCAGGCGGAAGGUUGGGCCAACAGCUAAUACUUCAAAGUUCAUGAACGAGAACAGCAAAUUUUAAACACAAUAAUCUGAAGGUCUGGAGGGAUUUCCUCCUGUCUCCCAAUAAUUUGCAUUUUCUCUUUGGCUUUUAAAUUCCUUUCUACUCUAACUAAAACCCUGCUUUUUUUCUGUUGGUGCAUCCUUUUCCUCUCAUUCACCAUCCCAGUUCUUGGUAUCCUCUAUCUUCUGUGCUUGGGUUCUCUUUAGACUGCACACUAGCUGUUUGACGAAAUUCUCAUGUGAUACUCUUCUUGAUUGGUUUCUGACAUUUCAGUGCACCAAACACUGCAUUCAGCUAUUAUUAUUGGCUCGUGUCAUUAGGGGUUAUCUUGAAAUGGCUCGAUUGCGCCGAGUCUUUAUUACUUCUUUGCAAUUUGAAAAGAACUUUGUUCAUCGAUUUUGUAGCAAGAUUGAGUCUCUAGAGCUGCCAGCUUGGUUUAAAUUCUCAAAGGGAGAUCAAUCUAAUGGUUUGGACUUGGACGAUGAUUUUGUUCUCCCUACUCAAAUUGAGAGUUCGGAGCAGAAGAUAACUAGUUUGAAGAUUGAACAUCAUCAUGCCAUUGUUAAGAUUACGACUGGAGAGACUGCUGACUCUGAUGUCGAUGAAGUCACUAAGGUUAUGAAACAUAAUUUCAUCUCCCCAGGGGAAGUUGUUAAAUCUCUUGGCAAUUGUUCGUUCAACGUUUCAACAGAAUUGGUGAAUAGAAUCUUAAAAAGGUUUAGCAAUGACUGGAUACCUGCAUUUGGCUUCUUUUUGUGGAGUGAUGCCCGAGUCGGAUUUAAACACUCAUCUGAAUCUUACGACAUGAUGGUUGACAUUUUAGGAAAGUUUAAGCAAUUUGAUUUAAUGUGGGCAUUAGUCGAAGAAAUGAAGCAAGCUGAGGGGUUGGUUUCACUAGUGACUAUGACGAAGAUUAUGAGAAGGCUCGCUGGUGCUGGCAGAUGGAUUGACUCUAUAAAUACAUUUCGCGCUUUAGAGAAAUUUGGAGUCAAGAAGGAUACUACGUCAAUGAAUGUUUUAUUGGACUCUUUGUGCAAAGAGAGGAGUGUUAAGCGAGCUAGAGAUGCCUUUUUAGAGUUUAAAAGUGAGAUUUUGCCAAAUGCUACUACUUUUAAUGUAUUGAUACAUGGUUAUUGCAAGGCAAGAAAGCUAGAAGACGCUCUAAACACUAUGGUAGAAAUGAGAGAAUUUGGUUUUGUUCCUUGCGUUAUUACGUAUACUAGUUUAAUUGAAGCUUAUUGCUUGGAGAAGAAUUUUGAAACGGUUUAUGCUAUUCUUGAUGAGAUGCACAUAAAAGGCUGUUCUCCAAAUAUCGUGACUUAUACUAUUGUGAUGCAUUCUUUAGGAAAGGCGAGAGAAAUAGAAAAAGCUUUGGAAAUUUUUGAGAAGGUAAAGAGGGAUGGUAGUGUCCUUGACACUUCAUUUUAUAAUUCUCUAAUUUAUAUACUAUGUAAAGGAGGAGAGUUGCAAGAUGCUAAUGAUGUAUAUGAGGAGAUGCGCAAGAAUGGGUUCACUCCAAAUGUGACUACAUACAAUACUUUGAUUUCAUCUUUCUGUCAUAAAUUUCAAGAGAAAAAGGCUUUGGAGCUACUCCUGAAAAUGGAAGAGGAUUCUUGCGAGCCUGAUAUCAAAACAUAUGCCCCUUUGAUGAAAAUGUGUUGUAGAAAGCAAUGGAUUAAAAUUCUUAUGUAUAUGUUGGGGCAUAUGGUUAAGAAAGAUAUUAGCCCUGAUUUUGGAACAUAUAUUCUUUUGAUAAAUGGGCUUUCUCAGAACAGAAAGUUACGGCAGUCAUGCUUAUUUUUCGAAGAAAUGGUGUUGAAGGGAUUCAGACCUAAACAUAAUACAUACAAUAAGCUAUUGGAGGCACUAGAAAGGGAGAAAAUGGAUGAUGCAAAGGAGAAGAUCCAGCAGUUGAUAAUGAAUGUUAAAACAAAUUGAAGAUUUAGGAUAGUUCUUUGUGGGUAUGUUUCUCUAUGACAUUAAUUGCUUCAAAGUUAAUGUAUAUUAAAUCUUGUUUAA